AUGGCUUCACCAGCAGUUGCCUCUGCGCUCCAGGACGUGCAGUCCGCCGCGACUGGCGACAAGCCCUCGCAGUACACAUCGACCCUCCAACAGAUUACUGCCUCGACCGAGAACCUGUCCGAAAACCUCAGCGCAUACGCCCGAACCCUGCUCGACGACUCGAUAGGGAUAGUCCAGCUGCGGCCGCUGCUCGCCGCAUUCGCAGAUUCCUUCAGCAAAGUGCGCGACGCCGAGGUCAAGAUCGAGGUCGGCGAGCAGGUGGUGUCGCUGCUGCAAUCAAAGGGCGCUGGACAGUAUGAAGAGCAGGAUACGACGAUCAAGGAGGCGCUGGCAGAUGCAUACGAGGUGAUUGACGACUUCAGGAAGUCAGCACAGGUGCUGGCGUCGAUCAACUUGGAGUCGACGCAGAAGAACAUCACAGCGGACGACAAGGCACGGGUAUGGAUCCGGAUCGUGCGGUGCUACCUGGAGGAGGACGACCCGACGAGUGCUUUCUCGCACUUGAACAAGGUCAAGAACAUCAUCUUCAGUGUGACGGACCCGGCGACGCGGGUGCAGUUUUCAGCCGCACAAGCACGCAUCUACGACGCCCAGCGGUCUUUCCUCGACGCAGCGGCAGCAUACUACGGCAUGAGCCAGGAGGCGUUGGUGGCGGACGACGAUCGCGUGUCGGCACUGGGAGCUGCCAUUGUCUGCACGGUGCUGGCACCUGCAGGUCCACAGCGCGGGAAGAUGCUGGCCAAGCUGUACAAGGACGAGCGGGCCAGCUCACUCGACGACUAUCCCAUCCUCGAGAAGAUCUUCCUCGACCGUCUCCUCACGCCUGCAGAGAUCAAGGCGUUUGCCGCGAGGUUGCAGCCACACCAUCUCGCCAAGACGGCUGACGGCUCGACUGUUCUCGACAAGGCCAUCCUCGAGCACAACCUGCUUGGGGCGUCGAAGCUCUACAACAACAUCGGGUUCGACCAGCUGGGGGAGUUGCUGGGGAUCGAUGCCGAGAAGGCGGAAGAGUACGCUGCGAAGAUGUUGGAGCAGGGCCGUCUCUCUGGGCACAUUGAUCAGAUAGAGCGGCUGAUCUUCUUCGAGGGCGAGGCGAGUGGCGAGCGGAAAACAGGGCAUGCGGAGCGGGUGGUGGGCAAGGAGCUGAGGAAGUGGGACGCGAACGUGAUGGGUGUUGCCGAGGAGGUGGAGAAGGUGACGACGAUGAUUCAGAACCAGUACCCUGACUUUUACGCCUCGCAGGUGGUUUAG